GCGGCGGCCGGAAGUGGGCUAAGCCGGCCUCUCGGCGCGCUGCCUGCACUUCCGGGGCCUCGAGCCGGGCUCUAGGCUUCCUGUAGGCGGCGCGGGAGGAACAAUUGGUUUGAGGGGCCGGGCCGGGCGGAUCCCCUCCUCCCCCAAUGUGAGCGGAGUCCCGAACCCCCGUCAGGCGAAGGCUGCCUAGGGAGGUGGAAACGGUGGCCCGGGAACAUGAGGCAGUGUCUCCUCUUCCUGACCAGCCUGGUUCCUCUCGUGCUGGCGCCGCGACCUCCGGACGAGCCGGGCUCCGGCUCCCCCCAGCGACUCGAAAAGCUUGAUUCUUUGCUCUCAGACUACGACAUCCUCUCUUUAUCCAGUAUCCAACAGCACUCGGUAAGAAAAAGAGAUCUACAGGCGUCAACACAUUUAGAAACACUACUAACUUUUUCAGCAUUGAAAAGGCAUUUUAAAUUAUACCUGACAUCAAGUACUGAACGCUUUUCCCAGAAUUUCAAAGUUGUGGUGGUAGACGGUAAAAAUGAAAGCGAGUACAGCGUCAGGUGGCAGGACUUCUUCAGUGGACACGUGGUCGGUGAGCCUGACUCUAGGGUUCUAGCCCAUAUAGGAGAUGAUGAUAUUACAAUAAGGAUCAACACAGAUGGGGCAGAAUAUAAUAUAGAGCCACUUUGGAGACUAAUUAAUGAUUCUAAAGACAAAAGAAUGUUAGUUUAUAAAUCUGAAGAUAUCAAGAAUGUUUCGCGUUUGCAGUCUUCAAAAGUGUGUGGUUACAUAAAGGCGGAAAAUGAAUAUUUGCUUCCAGAAGGGCUGGUAGAUGUAGAGCCCCCUAAUGUGCAUACAAAUUCAUAUUAGAGCUUGUUCAUCGAGUGAAGAGAAGAGCUGACCCUAAUCCCUUGAAGAACACAUGUAAAUUAUUGGUCGUAGCAGAUCAUCGCUUUUACAAGUACAUGGGCAGAGGGGAAGAGAGUACAACUACAAAUUACUUAAUAGAGCUAAUUGACAGAGUUGAUGACAUCUAUCGGAAUACUUCAUGGGACAAUGCAGGUUUUAAAGGUUAUGGGAUACAGAUAGAACAGUAUAGAUUCGCAUUCUCAAGUCUCCAAAAGAAGUAAAACCUGGUGAAAGGCACUAUAAUAUGGCAAAAAGUUAUCCAAAUGAAGACAAGGAUGCUUGGGAUGUGAAGAUGUUGCUUGAGCAAUUUAGCUUUGAUAUAGCUGAAGAAGCAUCUAAAGUCUGCCUAGCACAUCUUUUCACGUACCAGGAUUUUGAUAUGGGAACUCUUGGAUUGGCUUAUGUUGGUUCUCCCAGAGCAAAUAGUCAUGGAGGUGUUUGUCCAAAGGCUUAUUAUAGUCCCAUUGGAAAGAAAAAUAUCUAUUUGAAUAGUGGUUUGACCAGCACAAAAAAUUAUGGUAAAACCAUUCUUACAAAGGAAGCUGACCUGGUUACAACUCAUGAAUUGGGGCACAAUUUUGGAGCAGAACAUGAUCCGGAUGGUCUAGCAGAAUGUGCCCCAAAUGAGGACCAGGGAGGAAAAUUUGUGAUGUAUCCCAUAGCUGUGAGUGGAGAUCAUGAGAACAAUAAGAUGUUUUCAAACUGCAGUAAACAGUCCAUUUAUAAGACCAUUGAAAGUAAGGCCCAGGAGUGUUUCCAAGAACGCAGCAACAAAGUGUGUGGGAACUCCAGGGUGGAUGAAGGAGAAGAGUGUGACCCUGGCAUCAUGUACCUGAACAAUGACACCUGUUGCAAUAACAACUGCACUUUUAAAAAGGGUGUCCAGUGCAGUGAUAGGAACAGUCCUUGCUGUAAAAACUGUCAGUUCGAGACUGCCCAGAAGAAGUGCCAAGAGGCUAUUAAUGCUACUUGCAAAGGCGUGUCUUACUGCACAGGUACCAGCAGUGAGUGCCCUCCCCCCGGGGACGCUGAGGACGACACGGUGUGCUUGGACCUGGGCAGGUGCAAGGACGGGAAGUGCGUUCCCUUCUGCGAGAGGGAGCAGCAGCUGGAGUCCUGUGCGUGUAACGAGACGGACAACUCGUGCAAGGUGUGCUGCAGGGACCACGCGGGCCAGUGCAUGCCCUACGUCGACGCUGAACAGAACAACUUAUUUUUGAGGAAAGGGAAGCCCUGUACAGUAGGGUUUUGUGACAUGAAUGGCAAAUGUGAGAAACGAGUACAGGAUGUCAUUGAGCGAUUUUGGGACUUCAUCGACCAGCUGAGCAUCAAUACUUUCGGGAAGUUUUUAGCAGACAACAUCGUGGGCUCCGUCCUGGUUUUCUCCUUGAUAGUGUGGAUUCCGUUCAGCAUUCUUGUCCAUUGUGUGGAUAAGAAACUGGAUAAGCAGUAUGAAGCCCUGUCUCUGUUCCACCCCAGUAAUGUUGAAAUGCUCAGCAGCAUGGACUCAGCGUCAGUUCGCAUCAUCAAGCCCUUUCCUGGGCCACAGACCCCGGGCCGCCUGCAGCCGCUGCAGCCUGCCCCUGUGCUGCCCUUGGCGCCUGCAGCUCCGAAACUGGACCACCAGCGAAUGGACACCAUCCAGGAAGACCCCAGCACGGACUCGCACGUGGACGAGGACGGCUUUGAGAAGGACCCCUUCCCAAACAGCAGCUCAGCCGCCAAGUCGUUUGAGGAUCUCACGGGGCACCCGGUCACUAGAAGUGAGAAGGCCUCGUCGUUCAAGCUGCAGCGGCAGAGUCGCGUCGACAGCAAAGAAACUGAGUGCUAGUUUAGGGGCGGCAUUCUGAGCCCUUCGACCUAAGUGUGCAAAGCAUUUUUCUAGAUUUGACCUAAAAUCCCUCGUAGAUUUUGUGAAGAUCUGGGAGAAACAAGGAAGGGACUUCCAGCAGUGCUGGUCGUGUGUUUGGACUCCUCACAGACACGCUGGGGCAGCCCUUCCCGUCUGAGCAGGUGAGGGACUCUCGCUUGUUUUGAGGCUUUCAGGUUUUUUUGUUUUGUUUUUUUAAAUGUUUAAAAUAUCCUUCAACCUGUGGUGCAGAAGCAGAAAAUACAGCUGGAUUAGGUUAUAAGUAUUUACAUUUUUGUAAAUUAACCUUUUGUGUUGAACACAGCACUGACUUUCUCAUACAGUGUAGUGGGCAUGAGGCAGUUAGCAGGUGCUUGUGAGGACAACUGGAGGCAGAAUAAUUUAUCUUUGCCUUCAAGUAAAGACAAAGAAGAUAAAACUGAGCUGUGUAGUGGGUUCUGGUCCUAGGUAUUACCCAGAGCUUUUGCCAGAAGGGAGAAGUACACACCUAAAUGCAGGAAUGAUUGGGUCGCUGUAGCUAGCUGAACGCAGAAUCCUGCCAACCGAUGAGGCCUGACUUGCUGGGCAGCGCUUCAGUGUUGAAGCACCUUCAUGUAGCUCUGUACUUGGAAUUUCUGGGACAUCAGUAGCUGGACGCUGAGGACUUUUUCUGCGACUUCUUCAGAGAUGGUUCUCCUUGGACUCUGUCCACCUGGCAGCCAGGCUUCCAGCCACGCUGUUUCUGCCCGCAGGAGCUUCGAGAACCAGUAACUUGUCCCCUGGCUGUGCUGGCUCAGCCGGGAAGCUGCCCGUCUGGACAGGGGCCUGCGGGUAGGGAGUGGGGUGCCUCUAGGGCAGGGUCAUUGUCUCCAUAGGAAAGGGGAGGGGAGGUUGUGCUUGGUCUGGGCAAUUUUGGGGCCUGCUGAAGGCUGGCAUCGAUGCUGGUGGAGUUGGGGUACAGUCCUAGUCACUGGCAUCUGAGUCGUGUCCUGUCGGGGGGACAUGCUGAGAGAGGAGGCGUUGCUUCACCAGACCUCCUCUUGAACCCAGGACUGGAGUUUGGUAGUGGGCCUGGGCUCCUUGUGGCACCGGCCGAAUGCAGUCAACUUGUAUUGCUUUAGACGAGUUUCCUUCUGGGGGUGGCCUCGGUGCGAUUUGGUGCUAGUCAGUGUCCUGGUUCACUCUUCAGAGCUACAGGUUUUGGGGGUGGUGCUGGAGCCUUGGAGGCUGGGGUGUUGGCCCGUGUCACACUGAGUGGUUGGGUGCUGCGUCCAGACUGAGGAGCUGCUCAGGCUUGACUGGCUCGGCACUUCCCUUUGUCCUGGCAGGUGUCCUUCGGCAGACUGGGCCCCGCUCUGGGCCGUGACUGAGAUGACUGGCUUCGGCAGGGUGCGGCCCAAGGGGCAGGACCUCUGGGCUAAAGCCUCCGGAGUGACUUAAACCCCUUGGCAUUGACCUGCAAUGGCUGUGUGCAUGCUUCCUGCUCCAGUGCGGCAGGGCUAGACGGUGCGCACGUGCCGGGGGAAGGCGUGUCAUCGGGUGGGAUUCUGAUUUCCUUAAAAUCAUAGUUAAGAGCUUUUCCCCUGUAAGUCCUGAAAUGUGCUCACCAGCCAACACGUUAAAUGAGAGAAACUUUGAGGGCAAUUAACCAAACCUGUGACAAAUGGUGUCUCUUUUCCUAAGGAUGUUUGUUAUACAGAUGCCUGUUACACUAAUACUUGAACUUGUACCUUGUGGUGUUUGCUGUCUUUUAACUAGUCAAAAUACUCUUAUGUUUUAGUUACACUUUUGGAAUCUGAUAUAGGUGAGUGGGGUGCGUGUCUGAGACUGAAGCAGUUCCCGGCUGAAUGUAAGAAAACCAUUUUUUAUAAAAUUGACUUUUUAAAAAACAAAGCCGUCUUUUACCUUUUUCUACUUAUAGACUCAACUGGCUCAGGGUGUACUUUGUAGCUGUGGCACGGGGACACCUGCAUC